CAUUUUGUCCCGUCGACGGAGGAUGCGGCCGAGGUUCCCCGUCGCCUCGCUGCUGCUGCCGCUCCUCGCGGGCGCCGUGCCCGACGCCCUGGCCCCCCGGGUUUCCACUGAAGAGUGUGGAGAACGGCCGCUCGAGGACACGCUCUCCGGACCUCGGAUCGUGGGCGGACACGAUGCUCAAGUGGGAGCGUGGCCGUGGUUAGUUAGCCUCCAAAUUCACCAAGUUGGUGUAAAAUUUAAGCACGUAUGUGGUGGAGCUUUAGUUAACGAGAACUCAGUGCUCUCAGCUGCCCACUGCGCUACACUGAGGAAGGACCCAUAUUUCUGGAGAGCUGUGAUAGGUGCGCAUAACCUUCGGAAACAUGAUAAACAUACAACAGAAAGAAAUAUUAGAAACAUCACUGUCCAUCCAGAAUUCAAGAAAGAAACAUUUGAAAAUGAUAUUGCAUUAUUUAAACUUGAUUCCUCUGUACGCUACAAUGACUAUAUUCAGCCUAUCUGCUUACCUUCCGCUUACCUUUACCUAUAUAUUGACAACGAAACAGACUGCUUUAUAAGUGGCUGGGGACGUGUAGCCGAGAAAGGUAAAACCUCAGCUGUAUUAAAAGAAGCAAAAGUGGAAAUCAUUCCUUCUGAUGUCUGUAAUGCUUUUAAUUCCUACGGAGGACUGAUUGAUAGCAACAUGAUUUGUGCUGGCUCUGAAUCUGGGGGCAUCGAUAGCUGUCAGGGAGACAGCGGUGGACCUUUAAUGUGCUAUCGCCCUAGUACCAGCAAAUACUAUCUAAUAGGAAUUACCAGUUUUGGAAUUGGCUGUGGCCGACCAAAAUUUCCUGGGAUCUAUGUCCGUUUAUCUCCAUACAAGAGAUGGGUAAUAUCUGAAAUUCUGUUGAGUAACAAGGCUGUGAAUCCCAUGAGCACUGCGCUUGUGAUCUUUCUGACUGAGAUGUAUAGUGCUUGCAUAGGCUUUCUAAAAUGACAAGCCAUUGCAUCAUCAGAGUAGAAGUUUCAGCUGUUUUAGGCUGAUGAAAACAAUCUUAUAAGCAUGAAAUAUAGCUAAUUAAAAACACCUACCAGUCCUUCCAAGUACAUCUUCUAAAAGUUCGGAAUUUUAUUAUCUUAGUUUUCUGUCUUCUGCCUGUGAGAUCCAUACUAACAGUAGAGGAAAUGGUAACAGCCUUGACUCUAAUAACGAAGUUUAAUAUAGAAAUGUUACCAACUGAAAAUAUUUUUUCCUUCCCUCUUCCUAUACUUUUCCAGCUAACAGUUUAGGUAUUACUUAAUACCACGUGUUUGGUGAUGGAAGGGAUACUCCCUCUGCUGGAUGAAUACUAACAGAGCACAGAAUGUUUUUAGUUAACAGUGGCUCAGCUUAAACAAAACUAGAAAGGAAAAAAAAAUCUGUAAAAGACAAAAGGUAUCCUGCACUAAUUAGUUUUAGUGAUGACUAAAUUCUACACAUAAAUAACUUAGCAUUCUGCUUGCCUGAUCAAAGAACACACCAAGCAAAGGAUCUCUGGAUGCUGUUUCUUAGACUGUUUAAGUAUUCUUGGCCAAUACAAAAGACUUGAUAUUAGACAAUAUAGACAUUUGCUCUGAACCACUGCAACAGUACGUUAACUAAAAAUAAACUGAUCAAUAAAUAAGGAACAUCAGAAUUAUAUUUUGGCGACUUUAUUUACCAAAGUCAAAAUUUUCAACCAUCUAAUUGUUUCAACAAAUAUUUACAGUUCAUAUAAAGCAUGUAUUUUUGUUUGGAAAUAACCACCAGAACAGUAUUUGGUAUUCUCUCUCUUACUGUCAGGAUGUACAUUUUACUCUCUUAGCAUGUAGAUUUUGAAAUAAAUCCAAAAUAACUACUGCAUGAUAAGUGAUUACUCAAAGAGCAAACCGAUGUUACUGUUUCAUAUACUCUUUCCCAAAACACUGUUAUUUUAAGAGGAUAAAAAUUUACUAACAUUAUGCCUGGCAGCAUUACAUUUGUUUCACUUGCUGAAUACAGAAAGAAUUGGCCACCAUUUUUCAUACAGCCUUAACACUUGAUAGCUUUUUUAAUUAUUAUUCCAUAUGACAAAAGAAGGUAAAGGAACAACAGCACACAAUGAGGAUCAAAAUACCAUACAGAGGAGUUAUCAAAUUAGUUUCAGUACUGUAGGUCAAACCCUGCCCUCUUACACAAUUGCCGAAUAGCGCACACACACCUGAUGGUAGACAGAGCGAAAAGGUGCUGGGCACAUCCCAAGAGGUGUCCAUUUUUCCUGAAAUCCCCCUAACAGAAGUUGGAGGCACCAAACACCUCCUUUGGAGCGCAGUUUCGUAACAUAAUGACCUCCACAAUCUUGCUCAUUACUUUUGAUGUGCAACCAGAGCACCUUUUUUGACAUGACUGAGAACACAAAUGUCUACUUCAGUUUGGCCUAAAGGAAAUGUAUAGUGGAUCAUGUCCAUAACAAUCAUAUAUUAAACUUUAGAAACAAAAAUAGUUUUAUAGCCUACUAACAAUGUGAUUGUGGAAUGCAGUCUCAUACCAUUUGCAAAGAGCUCUGCUUGCUAAGAAGCCCAUUAAUUCAAAAAUGAGUAAAAUAAAAAAUACUGACUGACCAUAUGAUAAACAAUACACAUCUAGGGAGUGAGUACAUCUUUUAAUUUCAUUCAGAUCUGAGCUAGCACAACACACACACAUAGCUCUAACACCUUUUAAUAGCAUAGUCCAUAGUGCAAUUCCCGCUGACAUAACUGGAAGCAGGAUUCAAUCCUAACUAUGGAAAAUAGUGUAUUUAUUAUUCAUGCAAUAAGCACUGUAUACACAUUUUUCUAUUUACACCCAAGAGUCCUGAUUAUGUCAAACAUCAUUUAAUUCUCACCUGAAACAAAUCAAAAUGAUACAAACUAGAAUCUCUGAUAGCAAUAAGAUCAAAUGUGCAGAUAUUAUCAACUGGGGGGGGGGGGAAGCCCUGAUUUCUUUUUUUUUUUUU